AGCUGGAGAAGGUGGAGGCCAGGCUGGUGUAAAGUGAGUCGCUAUCGGGGGGAAUGGGCGACAUUUGAUCAGGAAAAGGCUGUCUGAAAACCAGGAGAGACGUUUUUAAGUCAUGGAUGACAGUAGCAGCUUUGUAGAGUUCGACGUGCCUGAGUUCAGCAAUACAGUCCUGAGCCAGCUCAACGAGCUCCGUCUCCAGGGCAAGCUGUGCGACAUCAUUGUGCACAUCCAAGGGCAGCCGUUCCGUGCCCACAAAGCCGUGCUGGCGGCUAGCUCACCCUACUUCCGUGAUCACUCGGCCCUAGGAACCAUGAGUGGCCUCUCUAUCUCUGUCAUCAAGAACCCUGAGGUGUUUGAGCAACUGCUGGCUUUCUGUUACACUGGCCGAAUGGCGCUACGCCUGCGUGAUGUUAUCAGCUUCCUAACAGCAGCCAGUUUCCUGCAAAUGCAGGCAGUCAUCGACAAGUGCACACAGAUUCUGGAGGGCAUCCACUCCAAAAUCAGCCUCCCCCCUUCCUCAGCAAGCGCCGGCUCUGAUGAUGACUCGUCAAUCUCACGCGGCAGACAGAAUGGGGUGAAAGACAGUGGUCUCUUUGUCAACCCCACGCAGAUCUCACCUCCUUAUUAUCAACGCCACAGCCAAAGCGGUGAUACCCGGGAUUCAGCGCGUGGCCAACGGCUAGUAGAGGGUGAGGGCCACUCAGAUCGAGGUAGCAGCGAUGGUGUGUCAGAGCUGGAAGUGUCCAUGGAGACUGAGCCAGAGCAGGUAGAGCUGAUUGGGAAGGAUGGGCAGAUAACGGACGUACACGUGAAGCAGGAGAAGAUCGACAGGCCCAACUACUCAGACAGCUCGUCGGCAGGUGAUGACGGCUACCACACGGAAUUGGUGGACGGUGAGCAGGUGUUGGCCGUCAGUGUGGGGUCCUAUGGUCCUGUCCUUCCAUCUGUCAGCUAUACGUACCAAACUCUCACGUCACCCUGCUUUGUCAGCCUCAGUUCCUCCAGCCCGUCUCGUUCCAUGCUGAGCAGUUUCCGAGGUGGCCGAGCGCGGCCCAAACGUCCCGUCCCAGUGCCAGCAGAGGUGAUCAGCCAGCUAAAACCCAGCUCAGAAGACGGAGACACAGGGAUCGGAGGGCCUGCUGCACCAGCUAGCUUCGAGACGGACGUGCGGGAACGAAGCAUGCGCGGGCAGUGGUACCCUUACAAUGAGCGCCUCAUCUGCAUCUACUGCGGCAAGUCCUUCAACCAGAAGGGCAGCCUGGACCGACACAUGCGCCUCCACAUGGGCAUCACGCCCUUCGUCUGCAAAUUCUGUGGCAAGAAGUACACACGCAAAGACCAGCUUGAAUAUCACAUCCGUGGUCACACAGACAACAAGCCGUUCCACUGCCAGAUCUGUGGGAAGUGCUUCCCUUUUCAAGGCACCCUUAACCAGCACUUGCGUAAGAAGCACAUGAGCUCCACUGCGGAAAUCAAUAAUCACACAGACUCCCUGGAGCGGGCCGAUAUACAAGCCAGCCAGCGAGAGGACCCGGAUGACAACUCAGAAGGCGGUGGGGGUUAUGCCAUGCAAUACACAGAAGAUGCGCCAGGGAAUGACAACAGCGAAGAGAGCACCAAGUGCAGUCCAGAGGAAGCAUCUGCAUCAAGGUCCGAUUUUUAGCUACAACAAAAAUGGUCCUUGUCCAAGCGACAACCUCCUUAGACGGAAGCUUUAAAGGGAUUGUUCUUUUUUGUAGUCGGAGCUUCAGUGAUUUGUUUCUAUGGAGCUGAGUGGAUGAUGAACCUGCCUUGCGCGUUUUCUACUUGUCCAUUUUUUUGUGAAAGUCAACUCUUUAUCAAAGGAAUAAAAAAAGGGUGU